AUGGUUACAGCUCUGACACUAGGGAUCCAACAUGCCUUUUCUUCAUUCAUUUGGCUUUGUGGACCCAUCACAGGAUUGAUAGUUCAACCUUGUGUUGGUAUUUGGAGCGAUAAAUGUCAUUUAAGACUAGGAAGGAGAAGGCCAUUUAUUUUGGCAGGAUGCAUCAUGAUUUCUUUUGCUGUUACACUAAUUGGAUUUGCUGCAGACGUGGGCUUCCUCUUAGGAGAUACUCAUGAAGAUUGCAUGACUUAUAAAGGUCCCAGAUGGCGAGCAGCGGUCAUUUUUAUUAUGGGAUUUUGGAUGCUAGAUCUUGCCAACAAUACAGUGCAAGGUCCAGCUAGGGCUCUUCUGGCUGAUCUCUCAGGCCCUGAUCAGUGCAACUCUGCAAAUGCAAUAUUUUGCUCAUGGAUGGCUCUUGGAAAUAUUCUGGGAUAUUCAGCUGGUGCUAGUGGUCAAUGGUGGUUCCCCUUUUUGAAGAACCUAAAGCUUAGCUGUGACGCGUGUGCAAAUUUGAAAGGCAGCAUUUUUAAGUUUGCUGUGGCUUUUCUCAUGUUCUGUAUGUCUAUAACUCUAUAUUUUGCUAAAGAAGUUCCACUGGAAGCAAAAUCUGCACAGCACUCAUCUGAUUCUGCUCCCUUGCUGAAAGACUCUGAGCAGCGUGGCCACGGAUCAUCACGGAUAAUCCAGAGGAAACAAGAAAAUGGUCAUGACUCUGAAUAUGAAGUGGCUGCCAAAACUAAUUCCAAUGGUCCUUCAGAUUUUGACUCAAAUACUAGACGUGAUAAAGAAGAUACCAUUAGUGAUGGACCAUCAGCUGUUUUGGUUAAUCUAUUAACUAGCUUAAGGCAUUUGCCACCUGGCAUGCACUCAGUGCUUCUUGUAAUGGCUCUUACCUGGACAUCAUGGUUUCCCUUCUUCCUCUUUGACACUGAUUGGAUGGGGCGCGAAGUGUAUCACGGGGACCCAAAUGGAAACUCAAAUCAAAAUGAUGCUUAUCAAAAUGGUGUCAGAGAAGGUGCAUUUGGUUUGCUAUUGAAUUCUGUUGUUCUAGGAAUUAGCUCUUUUCUUAUUGAUCCAAUGUGCCGAAAAAUGGGUUCAAAAACAGUAUGGGCAAUGAGCAAUUUUAUUGUGUUUAUUUGCAUGGCAGCAACAACAAUCAUAAGUUUUGUAUCCGUUGGUGAUUACUCCAGUGGAAUUCAGCAUGUCCUUGGAGCUAACAAAGGAAUUAAGAUCGCAUCUUUGGUUAUUUUUUCACUUCUUGGAUUUCCUCUAGCAAUUACAUAUAGUGUUCCAUUUUCUGUGACUGCAGAGUUGACUGCUGGUACAGGAGGUGGUCAAGGAUUGGCUACUGGGGUUCUAAAUCUAGCAAUUGUCGUUCCUCAGAUGAUUGUCUCUAUCGGUGCGGGCCCCUGGGAUGCUCUUUUUGGAGGAGGAAACAUCCCUGCCUUUUUCCUAGCAACGAUAUUUUCCUUAGCUGGUGGAAUUAUUGCGAUUUCAAAGUUACCCAAACUUUCCAACUCCUACAGCGCUAGUGGUUUCCAUGGAUUUGGUUGAAUUGGGCUGCAAUUGGUGAACUUCAAUUCUUUUUCGGGGAUUUGCUACUCUACACAAUGGCCAUCAAUUCAUAUUCAUUCAUAUCAAUUCUUUUUCCCUCUCUUUUCUCUUUUUGCUUAUAUUAUUAUGCUUGUAAAAUUUCACGUGAGAAAAUGUAUAGGCUUGUG